AUGUAUCAUCCGCGUGGAAGUAGUUACGAGCUCUGUUCCAUUGGUGUUAUAUCGUUAAAAGCAUUGAUGAAAGUUAAUGAAUCUCAUCAUGGCAUUCUUCAAAUGCAUUCCGUUCGCGAUGGUAAUUUAUUCGCAACAAUCGAAUAUAAUAUAACACUCACAUCUAAAAUGUGUGACGCGUUAAAUUUGCAAAGACAGAAACUGACUGCAAUAAAUCGUUUACCAUCGGAAGAUCAAGAACCUAUUAGUCAUUCGAUUUUCAAUCAGCUAAUCAUUGAUAUUCAACGUUCUUCCAAUCUCGAUAAGCUUGUUAAAGGUGAUUAUGCUCCUUCAACUUUUGUUUGUUAUGAAUUAUAUGACUGUGAUACCUGGCGCACCAGUACUAUACCGAACAAUGCCAAUCCAGAGUACAAUUCUGUAAAAUCAUGGCUAUUGCCUACCGGAAUCAACCUUCAUCGUACCUUCCGCCACUCAAAUCUAACAGUAUUUAUCAUUGAAGAUCAGGGAAAUGGUGGUAGCGAACGACAAAUUGGAUAUAUUAACAUCGCGCUUUAUCCUUUAAUUCAUAACAAAAAGAUAUCAGGAGCAUUUCCACUCUUAUCAAUAAAUGGCAUGCCAAGUGAAGCUUCCAUCGACAUUUCGAUUUACUGGAAAUGUUCAUGUUAUCCUCCACAAGAGCAUUUACUCGACAAUAAGGUGCAGUGCAUUUAGAA